AUGUCAAAAGUGUUUGAUCUGAUCGUUAUUGGUGCCGGUUCAGGCGGAUUGGAGGCCGGCUGGAAUGCUGCAGCUCUUUACAAGAAGCGUGUUGCAGUUAUUGAUGUACAAAUGGUACAUGGUCCACCAUUCUACGCCGCACUUGGUGGUACUUGUGUAAAUGUUGGCUGUGUCCCGAAAAAGUUAAUGGUUACUGGAGCACAUUACAUGGAUGAACUUCGUGAGUCAGCCGGCUUUGGGUGGGAAAUGGACAAGUCUUCAAUCAAGGCAAAUUGGCAGAAACUCAUUGCAGCAAAGGAUAAGGCUGUUUUGGAUAUCAACAAGAGCUAUGAAGGUAUGUUUAAAGAGACGGAGGGUCUUGAAUUUUUCUUGGGAUGGGGUUCAUUUGAAUCUAAGAAUGUUGUCGCAGUUCAUGAGACUUCUGAUCCCUCAAGUCCUGUUAAAGAACGCUUGGAAGCGGCUCAUGUACUCAUUGCUACUGGUUCAUGGCCCCAGAUGCCAUCUAUUCCUGGUAUUGAACACUGCAUCAGCAGCAAUGAGGCAUUCUAUCUACCAGAAGUACCACGUCGGGUUCUUACUGUUGGUGGUGGAUUUAUUUCUGUUGAAUUUGCUGGAAUAUUCAAUGCAUACAAACCGGCAGGAGGUAAGGUGACACUUUGCUACCGCAGAGAUUUGAUUCUUCGUGGAUUUGAUAACACUCUACGUGAAGAACUUACAAAACAACUCACAGCUAAUGGUAUUGACAUCAUGACAAAAGAAAAUCCUGCAAAGAUCGAGCUCAACCCAGAUGGCAGUAAACGUGUUACGUUUGAAAGUGGCAAAACAAUGGAUUUUGAUUUAAUUAUGAUGGCAGUGGGUCGUCUUCCUCGUACAUCCACCUUACAACUUGAAAAGGCUGGUGUGGCAACUAAAAAUGGUGCUGUGGAAGUUGAUGAGUUCUCCCGCACGAACGUUCCAAAUAUUUACGCUGUUGGCGAUGUCACACAUCGUAUUAUGCUCACACCAGUGGCCAUCAAUGAAGGUGCUGCCCUUAUUGAUACCAUAUUCGGUAAUAAACCACGCAAAACAGAUCACACACGUGUGGCAAGCGCAGUUUUUUCAAUUCCACCAAUUGGAACAUGUGGUAUUAUUGAGGAAGAAGCUGCAAAGAAGUAUGAAAAGGUGGCAGUAUAUCUUUCUACCUUUACACCACUUAUGCAUAACAUCAGUGGAUCAACGUACAAAAAGUUUGUGGUGAAGAUCAUUACAGAUCACAGUGAUGGAACAGUAAUUGGAGUACAUCUUCUUGGCGAUAGCGCUCCUGAAAUUAUUCAGGGUGUCGGUAUCUGCAUGAAGUUAAAUGCAAAGAUCAGUGACUUCUAUAAUACAAUUGGUGUACACCCUACAAGUGCAGAAGAACUUUGCUCCAUGCGCACACCGUCCUAUUUCUAUCUUAAUGGAAAUAAAGUGGAUACAUUGCCAGAAUCCAGCCUAUAA